CUGUUAAAACCACGCGUCUUCUCUUACCCCAAGAUCACCACCUUAAUUUUCUUCCUCAUUGCUUAUUAACUCUCAUACUGCUCAAAACAAAUAUGCCCUGAAUCUGUUCCAUCUUCAUCUUUCUUUCUCAAGCAAAUGAUUAUGGACAAACAGAGAAAUCUUGUUUUCUUUUUGUUGUUUUCUUUACGAGUGUUGCUGGUUUUGUGUCAAAACCAGGAGCUGUCGGUUCUUUUGGAGGUGAAGAAGUCCUUUGUGGAUGACCCAGAAAAUGUGUUGAAGCAGUGGGAUGCAAACAACCCAAACUUUUGUGCUUGGAGAGGAGUUACUUGUGGAGUUGACUCAGUUGAUAACUCACUGCGAGUUGUGGGGCUCAACCUCUCUGGUUCCUCUCUUGGCGGAUCAGUAUCACCCUCGCUCGGUCGUCUGCACAACCUAAUCCACCUUGAUCUUUCUUCUAAUCUUCUCGUGGGUCCAAUCCCACCUACUCUGUCUAACCUUUCUUCUUUGGAAUCUUUGCAUCUUUUCUCUAACCAACUAAGUGGCCCCAUCCCAACUGACCUUGGCUCGCUCACCAGUAUCCGUGUCAUGAGAAUCGGUGACAACCGACUUACCGGUUCCAUUCCUGCACCUUUUGGGAAUCUUGUAAACUUGGUGACUCUUGCCUUAGCCUCCUGCAGUCUCACCGGGCCACUACCCCCCGAACUCGGUCGACUCACCCGAGUUGAGAACCUCAUACUGCAAGACAACCAACUCGAGGGUCCAAUUCCUGCUGACUUGGCCAACUGCUCGACCCUCACUGUCCUCACCAUCGCUUUCAACAACCUUAACGGCUCAAUACCUGCAGAACUGGGUCUCCUUGCGAAUCUAGAAAUCCUCAAUCUGGCCAAUAACAGCCUGUCGGGGGAGAUACCGAGUCAACUCGGUGGACUGAGUCAACUCAGGUAUUUGAACUUGAUGGCAAACAAGCUCGAAGGUCCAAUACCGAGGUCUCUGGCAAACCUGGGUAGUCUUCAAAACCUGGAUUUAUCGAUGAACAAGCUUAAUGGGAGCAUCCCGGAAGAAUUUGGCAACAUGGGUCAGCUUGCAUACUUGGUUUUAUCAAACAACAAUCUUUCAGGUUUGUUCCCCAAAAAUUUUUGUUCAAACACUAGCAAUUUAGAACACUUGAUUCUAUCAGACAUUCAUCUUUCCGGCGAAAUUCCUCGUGAGUUGAGCAAGUGCAGGUCGUUAAAACAGCUCGAUUUGUCCAACAAUACCCUCAAUGGAUCAAUACCAAUUGAGGUAUUCGAGUUGGUUGAAUUGACUGAUCUCUAUCUCCAUAACAACAGCUUGGUGGGUUCAAUUUCUCCUCUCAUUGCAAACCUCAGAAACCUUCAAUGGCUUGUAUUGUAUCAUAACAACCUGCAAGGGAAUCUGCCAAGAGAGAUUGGGAUGCUAAGUAAGCUUGAGGUUUUAUUUCUUUAUGAGAACCACUUAUCGGGGAAAAUACCUAUAGAGAUUGGGAACUGCUCAAGCUUGAAAAUGAUUGAUUUCUUUGGCAAUCAUUUCAGUGGGGAGAUUCCCAGUGAAAUUGGAAAGCUUACAGGGUUGAAUCUUCUUCAUCUGAGACAGAAUGAACUUGUGGGCAAAAUUCCCGCCACAUUGGGUGACUGUCAUCAACUAAUCAUCCUUGACUUCGCAGAUAAUCGUCUCACAGGUGGAAUUCCAGCAUCGUUUGGUGGCUUACAAUCACUUGAACAGUUCAUGCUUUACAACAAUUCCCUUGAAGGUAUUCUUCCCGAUACGCUUUCCAAUCUAGUAAACCUUACCAGGGUCAAUCUCUCCAAGAACAGGUUAAAUGGUAGCAUUGCUUCACUCUGCAGUUCGUCUUCGUUUCUUUCUUUUGAUGUUACAGACAAUGACUUCGACCAUGAAAUUCCUCCCCUGCUGGGGAAUUCACCUUAUCUUGAGAGGUUAAGAUUAGGGAAAAACCAGUUCACUGGGAAAAUUCCCUGGUCUCUGGGGAAAAUUCGUCAACUCUCUUUGUUAGAUAUGUCAGAGAAUUCACUCACAGGAACAAUACCACCCGAGCUGGUAUUAUGCAAGAAACUCACCCAUAUUGAUCUCAACAACAAUCUUCUUUCGGGUGCCAUACCCGCAUGGUUUGGGAAGUUGCCUCAGAUCGGAGAGCUUAAGCUUGCUUCCAAUCAGUUUUCUGGCUCUCUUCCGCUGGAAAUUUUUAAUUGUUCCAAGCUGCUGGUGCUUUCUCUUGAAGGGAAUUCUCUUAAUGGAACAAUCCCUGUUGAAAUUGGCAACUUAGUGUCCCUCAAUAUCCUAAAUCUUGAUAGAAACCAGUUCACUGGAUCACUACCUUCAUCUAUAGGUAAGCUGAGCAAGCUUUACGAACUUCGGUUGUCACACAACAGAUUAAGAAGUGCAAUACCUGCAGAGCUUGGACAACUCCAUAAUCUUCAAAGCAUUCUAGACCUCAGUCACAACAAUUUCACUGGACAAAUCCCACCUUCUAUCGGAACACUGUCUAAGCUCGAAGCGCUUGAUCUUUCUCACAAUCAGUUAUACGGAGAAGUCCCUCCGCAAGUGGCCCAGAUGAUCAGCUUGGGCAAGCUGAAUCUCUCUUACAACAAUCUUGAGGGCAAACUGAGCAAGCAGUUCUCACAUUGGCCACAUGAAUCUUUUGAAGGAAACUUGCGUCUUUGUGGUGUCCCUCUUGGCAGCUGCAGCAACGUUGCAUCCGAUGAUCACCAAUCAGGCCUGAGCAACACCUCUGUAAUUGUAAUAUCAGCAAUUGCAACACUGGCUGCCAUUGCACUUUUGAUACUUGUAGUUGCUCUGUUCAUGAAACAGAGGAAAGAGUAUUCCGGGAAAACAAGUGAAGUGAAUUCCAGUUACUCCUCAACCUCUUCACAAGUACGGAAGAAACUGCUCUUCCACAAAGGAGCUGCAAAGCAGGAUUUUAAGUGGGAAGGCAUCAUGGAAGCCACAAAUAAUCUGAGCGAAGAAUUCAUCAUUGGUUCAGGAGGAUCAGGAACAAUCUACAAAGCUGAGCUGGGUAGUGGAGAGACGGUGGCAGUGAAAAAAAUUGUUCAGAAAGAUGAUAUGAUGUUAAACAAGAGCUUCAUCAGGGAGGUUAAGACCCUAGGGAGGGUUAAGCACAGGCAUCUGGUGAAAUUGAAAGGUUAUUGCAGCAACAAAGUAGCAGGUUUGAAUUUAUUGAUAUACGAGUAUAUGGAGAAUGGAAGUGUGUGGGAUUGGCUUCAUGGAGGAGUUGAGAAUAGCAAGAAUAAGAAAAGCCUGGACUGGGAAGCAAGAAUGAGGAUAGCAGUGGGAUUAGCCGAGGGAGUUGAGUACCUCCACCAUGACUGUAUGCCAAGGAUUGUUCACAGGGACAUCAAAACCAGUAACAUUCUCUUGGACUCCGAGAUGGAAGCACAUUUGGGAGAUUUCGGACUAGCCAAACCACUUGUUGAUGACUAUAAUUCGAUCACAGAGUCAAAUGCCUGGUUUGCUGGUUCUCAUGGUUACAUUGCUCCAGAGUAUGCAUAUUCUUUGAAAGCGACGGAGAAAAGCGAUGUUUACAGCAUGGGAAUUGUGCUAAUGGAGCUGGUUAGUGGGAAGAUGCCAACAGACAGAGCUUUUGGUGUGGAAAUGGACAUGGUGAGAUGGGUGGAGACAUAUAUUGAAAUGCAAGGUCCAGGAGGAAGGGAGGAGUUGAUUGACCCUGCUCUAAAACCAUUGUUGACGGGAGAAGAAACAGCAGCUUAUCAGGUUCUUGAAAUUGGAUUACAGUGCACAAAAACUAGUCCACAAGAGAGGCCUUCAACUCGCCAAGCCUGUGAUCUCCUCCUCAAUGUGUUCAAUAACAGGGUGGUUGAUUUUGACAAGUUGAGUAUCGACCCUUAUACGUGAUUAUUAUAUAUACAUUUUGUUAAUUUUUCCUUUUGUUGGACAAUGUAUUUACUUUGUAGAUUUUUAUUGUCUCUGCUACUAAACUGUACAAAUAAGCUGGUAAAUGCAAAAGCUUA